AUGAUAGAACUACCUCUCGAAAUCUGGAUAUAUAUUGCUGCCUUUAUUCCAGAAGCUACGCUUCGUGAUCUGCUUGGGGUCAACUUGUUUUUCUACAAUAUCUCGAUGGACGUACGAUACAAGUCUGUCGUACUGCAACGAUUCAGCGCCGGAACAAAGAAGCUACUUUUACGACUUGCUGACCCGGCUGUCGGGAAGAGAGUGAGAUUCCUCACAGCAAGUCCUGACUUUCAAUUCUACGGUGCAGUAGCCUCCCCGCCAUCUUUCGGUGACAGAAUCAAUAUCCUUCAACAUGUCCUGCACUCGUUUCGCCGAUCUAGAUUUGAUCAUGUACUGCGACCGGAAAAAGAAGGGACUAUUGCAUUAAUCAAUGCAUUACCUGUAAUGUCGAAUGUCAUGGCAUUUACUGUUGAUUCUCAUUCUUGGGGAGAGCAUUCUGGUCCGGAGUUGAACACCUUCCUGAACACAGCUUGGACCUCGUUCAGUUCCAACUUGAAGAAACUUUCCCUCCGAGGACAUGCUGCCUCAUUUCGCACCAUCAUAACCUCUAAACCUUCAUUGCCGAAGGUUGAAGAGCUGUUUUUCGAGCUCAUUGAUAGCCCGUCUUCACCGUCUGACAUAGAGGACGUGGCUGACAUUCUGCUCACAGUCUUCGCGCCAUUCAUCAACAACUUUACACCUAGACUUCAGGCUCUCACGUUUUGGGCGUGGACCUCAUUUGAACUUUCUGCCUUGUUCAAGGCCCUAGGCAAUUUUCCCUUAUUGACGUGUUUCAACUUUCAGACCUCUUUUCCGCGAACGUUUAGGGAUGAUCCCCUAGUCUCUCGAACUUUCUUGCACGGCAUUGCGCCCAACUAG